UCCCCGGCUCUCCUCCUUCCUUCCCUCCCUCUCUUCUCCCGCGCUCGCCGUCCCCUCCCGCCCCGCUCCUCGGAGCUGAUGUCACGCGCCCGCUGAAGGCGAUGAUGGCUGCUGCGGCCGCGCCGCCGGCCUCCAGCUAACGGCCGCGAUGGAGCCGGCCGGCCUACUGCGGUUCCUGCGGAAGCUCAAGGAGGUUUUCGACGUUUGCGACGAGGAUGCGGACGGCUUCAUCCGGGUGGAGCAUUUCGUCGCCCUGGGGCUGCAGUUCGGCCAAGGUGAUGAGGUGGAAAAACUGGCAAAGUACUUGGACCCAAAUGAUUUGGGAAGAAUCAAUUUUAAGGACUUCUGCCAUGGAGUUUUUGCUAUCAAAGGCUGUGAAGAGUUACUGAAUGAUGUUCUGUCCCCUGAAAACUCUGGGCCUCAGCACUAUGAGCUGCAGUAUGAUGAUUACUAUUACCAGGGUGGUGAAAUCCAGGACUGCACCUACUUGGACAGCGAAGGCAUCUACAGCGAGCCGGAGCUGUUCCCUGAUGAGGACGCGAUGACUCUGGCACAGCAGGAGGUGCACCAUGAGUCUGACAUGGACAGUGCCAUUGAGAGCGCCCAGAGCUCAGAGGCCUCCGACGUGUGUCGGGGCGAGGAGAAGGAUGGCAUGCUUGGUGUCCUGUUUCUGCCUGGUGACAAGGCAAGUCCUCACAACCCUUCUGCAGCAUCUGACCUCUCCACUUAUUCCACCGCCUCUCUGAUCAGUAAUGAAGAGCAGUUUGAAGACUAUGGGGAAGGAGAUGAUGUGGAUUUUACUCCCAGUAGCCCCUGUCCUGAUGAUGAGACCAGAACCAACGCCUACUCUGACCUUGGCUCAUCUGUAUCUUCCAGUGCUGGCCAAACACCCCGAAAAAUGAGGCAUGUUUAUAACAGCGAGUUACUGGAUGUUUACUGCUCACAGUGCUGCAAAAAGAUAAAUCUACUCAACGAUUUGGAAGCCAGGCUGAAAAACUUGAAAGCGAACAGCCCUAACAGGAAAAUAUCAAGCACAGCUUUUGGAAGACAGCUCUUCCACAAUAGCAACUUCAGCAGCAGUAAUGGCAGCACAGAAGACCUGUUCAGAGAUAGUAUAGACUCCUGUGAUAAUGAUAUAACUGAAAAGGUAACAUACCUAGAAAAAAAGGUUACAGAAUUGGAAAAUGAUAACCUGACUAAUGGUGACCUGAAGAGCAAACUGAAACAAGAGAACACGCAGUUAGUUCACAGGGUUCAUGAGCUGGAAGAGCUACUGAAAGACCAAGAGACAUCAGCAGAACAAACCCUGGAAGAAGAGAUAAAGAGACAUCGAGAAGCUUAUAGCAAGUAUGAAAAAGAGAAAGGCACGGAAAUUGAACUGCUAAAUACGAGGGUUCAGCAGCUGGAAGAAGAAAAUGGUGAGCUGAAAACCACCGUCAUGCGACUGAAAUCACAAACAGAGAGAUUAGAUGAGGAAAGGCAACGCAUGUCAGAUAGGUUGGAGGACACCAGUCUGCGACUGAAGGAUGAGAUGGAUUUGUACAAGAGGAUGAUGGACAAACUGCGACAGAACAGGCUGGAAUUUAACAAGGAGAGGGAAGCCACACAGGAGCUCAUUGAGGACUUGCGAAAGGAGCUGGAGCACUUGCAGCUCUACAAGCUGGAAUGUGAGCGUCCUGGACGUGGGAGAAGUUCCUCAUCCAGCGUGAGUGAAUUCAAUGCUAAAACCAGAGAGGUGGAAAUGGAGCAUGAAAUAAAACGGCUGAAGCAGGAGAAUCAGAAACUUCGUGACCAAAAUGAUGAUCUUAAUGGACAAAUUCUUAGUCUGAGUAUCUAUGAAGCUAAAAAUCUCUUUGCAACACAAACAAAAGCCCAGUCACUGGCUGCUGAGAUUGACUCUGCAUCUAGAGAUGAGCUCAUGGAAGCCCUUAAAGAACAGGAAGAGAUCAAUUACAGAUUGCGACAGUAUAUGGACAAGAUCAUUCUGGCAAUCCUAGAUCACAACCCAUCCAUCUUGGAAAUAAAGAAUUGAAGUGAAUACAAAAAAGAAAAGCAGCAACUGCCCUAUAUUUCUGCACAUGCCACUGGAUCUAAACAACACUCUGAUACUGUAAAUUAGCCUAUAAAUAUAUAUAUACACUACAUGUGAGUGUGGGUGCGCGGGUGUGUUUAUAUGACAUUUGGUACACUGUUAUUUGUCACUGACUUGGCUUGGUUAGACUUCCUUGCACUUUCAAUACCUGUGUCAAGAUAGAUACUGUAUAUUAAUGUAAUAACAAUAUAACUGGAUUAUGCUGUUUUAGAUACUGGACAAAAUGACUCUACCUCUAGUUGUAAAGGUGGAAGAAAGACAAUGGAAACAUAUGGAUGUGACCCUAACUUUAGGAGCAAGAUUUGUUCUUUCGUUCUUCCUGGAAUUUGGGUAUCACAAAGCAAACAUUAUACCCAGGUUCAGUCCCUAACUGGUACUGACUGUGUCAUUUCCUAUUCAAUUGAGCUUUAUUACUUAAGAAACACCCAGGAAAAGAACAUUUGUGGAAAAGAGACAAAGUAAAAAGAGAAGUGGAAGAAAUGGCUGAGUUUUUGCUAUCUGUAAAAUCACUAUCCAUUUGUUUGCCACUGUCAGCACCAAGUUUCUAUAGAAAGCUAUAGAAGAUCACUCUGCUUUGGGAUGCUUUGAGCCAACCCACUCUUUUGUGUGUGUGUGUGUGUGUGUGUGGGCACAUGUGUAUAUUUUAUGCCAGGGUUCCUGUAGCACUGAGGCUAGGAAUCUCUUCAACUCUAUUCCCCUAUUUUCAGGGGUUCAUUGUAGAAUGGCGUGGGCCGGAAAGGACUUUAAAGCUUGUACAGAUCACGCCACCUACUCUAGGCAGGAUUGCCACCUACUGGAUCAGGCCAGCCUGGCCUUGAAUGCAUCCAGAGAUGGGGCAUCCAUAACUUCUCAAGGCAGGCCUGUUCUGCCUCUCCACCCUCUAGGUAAAGAAUUUCCUCUGAACAGCUGACUGGAAUCUCCCUCCCCUGCUUUUCAAACCCAUUCCCUUUGUCCUGUUAUAAUCAGAUUGUGUAAAAAUGGAUCUCCCUCUCGUUUAUAAGCUCUUUUUCAGUACUAAAGGCUGAAGUGAGGUUUCCCUGGAGCCUUCUCCAGGCCCCACAAGCCCAGCUCCUUUGGCGUUCCUUCCCAGGAGGUGAUUUGGCCCUUGCAUCUCCAUGGCCUUCUCUGGACUCAUUCUUAACAGCAGCACAUCUUGUGCUGGUCACCAUAUGCCAGGUGGGGCCUUGAGGGCAGAGCAGAGGGGGACAAUCAGCUCCCUCACCUUGCUGGCCACCCCUCUUUGGGUUGGCCCAACACACAGUUUUUGUCCAUCAGGAUCCCCCCAAGUUCUUCUCUAUAGGGCUGCUGUCAAUGAGUUGUUCUCACAGUCUGUGCUCACGUCUGGGGUUGCUCUGGCCGAGGCACAGCACCUUGUGCUUGGCUUUGCUCAACCUCAUUUGGUUCAUGUGAGCCCACUUCUUGAGCCUGUCCUUCUCGAGUCCUUCUGCAGCACGUGGGCCAUUCAAAUGGAUUCUGCAAUCCCAUAUCUUCGUAAUUUUAAAUGUUUCACAGAAGGAGCAUAUUUCAGUUCUAAAAAAAUAAUAAUAAUAAAAUAUGUGUUGUUUUCUCACCAUCAGACACUGCAUUGCUUGGAGAGUGGCAUUUUGUGGACAAGCUGUGGGAAGGGCCAUCUGGGUCCUGUCAUGGUGAUAGGAGAAGCCUCAUGUGAAGUGGCUUUUACUUAUAGGGCAGUAAAAAAUAGAAGAGCUUGGUCUUGCAUAAGUUGUCAACCCGGGCUGAGUACACACGUGCUUGUCUGAAGCUCUGAACAGGGAAUGCAUUCUGGCUUACGUGAGCAGUUGUAUGAGUGCUUAACUUUAAAUGCAUGCUGUGACUGCUCAUAGAAGUCAGUGGGACAGGACAUAAAGCUUUAAAAUUGAGUGUGUGCUCAGCUGCUGCCUUAAGUAGAGAUGGACUUCAACGUGUGCCUGUGUUUUCCUUGGCUGGAUCUCUGUGAUGUAGUGCUAGGACCUUUUUAAUUAGUGAUGUAGCUUAUGUAGAAGAAGCUUAUGGCAUUGUCUGAUAAUUGAAUGCUUAGAAGAUUUUUAUUCCGUGCACUUUUUUUUUUUUAACUAAAAAUUUUACACUUCAAAAUUCUUUUUGAUUGAUGCCAACUGGCACAGAAAGUAGGCCCUUCCUCAUAGUGAUGUGGCUCUUCCCACUGCCCAGAGCUGUUCCCUCUAUUGAAUGCGCUCCGCAGGAGAAUGUGACAGUAGCAGUGACUGUGCUUUUCUGUGUAUAUCUUGCUGUUGGCAGCCUUGCCCCUAGUAUUCUCUUGCUGUGUCUUGGUGUGUGUGUGUGAUGCAUUCUUCCUCAAUUUGAAUACAUAUCUGUAUUCAGUUAUGGGUGUAAAUAUAUAUAUAUAUAUUUUUCUGUAGUUUUUGUGCUCUUGCCUUCAGUGACGUGUUACUGGAGUGUUGGGAAGGGGAGGGGGGGAGGUACUGAAAUUAGGCUGUCUUGAAGGCAAGAAAAUAAAAACAAUUUGUUUCUAUGUAUCUGCAAUAGGCAGGUGUAAAGUAACUGGAAAGCCAGAGGGACCAGAGGAAUAAUGAUGGGAUGCAGCAUCCCAGAAGCAAAGAAGUCAGUGGGACUUCAGUGCGCUGGGAGAAAUGUUACAGUCUCCAUCAAACAGUGAUGUCUCAGGGCUGGAUUCCUGAGGCCGCAGGGUAAUCUGAAGGAAGGGAUUUAAAGACUGUCUCUCUACCAGCUGGGAAUGGUGUAAAAUGCUCUGUGCUAAAUUGCAGCAGCUUCUGUUUGUGGAGAAACAGGUGGAUCACCCCUCAGUACGCCCUGUUCCACCACUGCUGCUUCUGGAUGUGCCACCCAGCAGGUAGGAGAAAAACAGUUAAAGCAGCUUGGUGCUACCUACAGAUACCUGCCAGGAGGACUCCUCGCCUGUGAUGCAGUGAUGAUGUCUUCAUCUGCAUGGUGCUGUUAGUGAAUUGUGCCAAGGACUUUGCUCUUCUUGUAGGCCACUGAGGACUGUUUCAGUUGUUGGGUGGCUGUUGCUAACGUCCUGUGUCGUGCAGGGCUGGGUGAGCCAGCAGCCCUGUUAAUGGGGCUUCCUGCUUGGUAAGUUACACUUCUGUCCCUCUCUCCUGCUCUGGAUUUACGUGUAAGUGAAGCUGUUGCAGGUCAGACUGGUGACUGAAUGUUUUUCUCCUGAAUAUUUUGAAGUAAACUGGACUCAAUUUUAAAAUUUUAAUAACUUGAAGCCCAUUCUUGUUAGGGUAGAACAUCAGCAAAUGUUGAGGACUAGGACUAGUUUGCAGAAAACUGUGCUGAGCACUUGGGAAGCAAUGCGCACAGCUGGCUUCACUGAACCUGCAGAGCUGAAGGACACGAGUGGAAGAAAUGAAUGUGGUAAUAUGCAAGAUUCUGUGCAGGUAAAUAUGUAAAAAGUUAAUAGUUACUGAUAGUAACUCACCACUGAGUGGCUGCAAUCCUGGAAAUGGCACACUAGCUGAGGGUGCACAGCAGUGAAUUUCCUACAGAUUUGCAGGACUUCUCAUUUAGCUCUGCACCCACUGGCUUUAGAAUUUAAAAGGUGUUCGUUCCUUGCUCCACGGUGUUGGCAUUUGAAGAGUUUUCUUACCACCACGUUGGUGCUGUUUGUAGCUUUGUUGUAGUGCAAAGAAGUUUCAAUUCCGUACGUGUGGAGCUGUUGGCGUGGUACUGCUUUCAAUUAGCUCUCAAAUACAUAUGCAGACCCUUACUCUGUGUUGCAGGUGAUGUGAGUUGGAGGUGGGAGAUCCAUUCCUUUGGCAGAUACACUUUCCUCUACGGUAUCCACCUCUAAAAAUAAUUAGAUGGUAAUUGCAUCUUUAAGCUGUCUGAUAGCAGCUCCCCAGUAACUACAGGCACUAGAACAAACCUGGGAGAACCCUUCUAUCCUGCAAAAUCAGUCAUCACGUCUUAUGACAUAAAGGUAACUUGGCAGUAAGAUCAUCUUUGGUGGGUCACUGGAACAGUGGGGAGAGUAAUUGGGUACCAGUUUUCCAAAGUAUGUAUAUUUCAGUCAAUAUUUCGAACAGAAAUAAGGUAUAAUCUCAUUCUAGCAAUACUCAAAUGCAGCAAAUGUUCUUGUGUUAAAAUCAUGAUUCUCAUUUAACCCUCAGGGAUGCAAACACAAUCCAAGGUACUAUCUCUUGAUCUGCUCUUUAGCUCCUUAUACUGUAGGAUCUGAAAAGCUAAACGAUAUUCUGAUCAAACUAAUUGCAAACCACUGCAGGUAUUUUUGUAUGGUGGAAAAAAGAAAACGAGUUGCUCCUGGCUAGCAGCAGUCCUUGGCCAGGCUGAUCACACUCACAGGUGCUGUGGAAAAAUACCUCUUCCAAAAGUUGCACUUAGGAGUUCCUGAAAUGUGGUCUUUCAAGGUUUGCUGAUAUUGGCUGCUUCACUCCAAAUACCAGCCUUCAGCUUCUGGUUUCAGAGCGUGGUGCUGACUUAAAACUAGAUUGACAGCAAAGCAUUUUUCAGCUUUUUUAGUAACUUGUAAUAAAGACUCAAGUUGUUUGCUGUGUUUUGAAAUGUGACAGUGACAAACUGUGGCCAUCCAAUCUGUUUGUAAGAGUCUUCAAUACACAGAUUUGUAGCAAGUGUCAAAAAGAUCCAUACAGUUUUGCUGCCAAAACUUUCCUUUUAUGGUCUUGGGAGAAAUUCAGAUGUUUCCCAGCCAGCUCUGUAGGCAUUUGAGUGCAGUGUCACUAAUUAAUGGGUAUAUCAGCAAGCACCUUGCUGUCUGACUGCAGCAAGGCUCUGUUCUACUCUCCAGAAGGGAUCUUGGCCUGCUGUAUUUAGACUGCCUAAUCUGUUUAGGAAUUGAAAGGUGUGUGUAAACCUCGACCGUGGCCUGCAGCAGUCGCUGUGCAGAAGUCUCCAGGUCAUGAUGCUAACGGCAUGUGAUGGGUCUAAGAACUAGAAUUUACAAGUAAAUACUUCUUUUCAGUGGCAGUGGAUAGACAGUGGUUUUUUCUCACAUACUGCAUGGUGCGGGAUGUUUUCCAAGGAAGGAAGGAAGCAGCAGCUGAUCUGACACUUUCCAGGUCGGUGGCUUAUGUUGAUUUCAGUGAAAAGCAGUAACUGCAUUGGUUCUGGCAUAAGCAGUAAUAUUCAUACUCUUGCUAGGUCGUUUGUUACUCAAGGAACAUAUUCAAGAAAGCAGGACUGCUUACGUAGCCAGCAGCUGAUCUUGAAGGAAAGGAAAUGUUCAGCAGCUGCUGGCACGUUGUUCCUUGGCAGCACCUUGGGAUUGUUUUCUCAGUAUUUCUCAAUCCAAAAUAUUGAUCCCAGGGCAGUUUGCCAUUGAAGUGUGGAGUGUGUGUGAGUUUCUUCUCAUUUAUUGAAGCUUUGCACAUACAUUGGCUGGAAUCCUAUAAUCCUUGCAAGGGUUCUGUUCUGCACAGAGGGAGGCUUCGCUGGGGCUUCUGUGGUUAUUCUCUGUUUUAGGAGACAGUGUUGGUUCAGCUGAGCACUACAAACAAAAUCUUUCAGUAAUUUAACCAAAGGCUUGUGUGUUAGCACACAAUAAUGCGGAACUUGAGCUGUGGAUUAUAUUUAUUAGGGUUUUUUUUAUUAUAUAGUGACUAGAAGAGGUGUGAAAUCCCCAUUGUGAGUAACUUGUUGUCCUUUUAAAAAGAUUUAGAGAAAAUUCUCACCUACUGCCUCUCACCCUUUGUUUUCUAUAACCACUAAAGGAAGAAAAAAGAGAGAAGGGAAGAGUUCUGUUAUGCUUGGGGAAAAAAAUAAAAAGAAAUGAAAAAGGAAGAACUGAUGGCUCCCGCAGAGGAACCUCUCGUGGCUCCCCUUAGCACUGAGAAAUGUUUCUUUUUUUUUUUUUCUUUUCCAUCUGAGAUCUCAUUUGUGGUCAUUCAGUCUUCUGUAUCAAAAAAAAAAAACAGCAGUUGCUGGUUGAACACUGAUGGACAAAGUUGAGGUUUACUGAGGGUUAAAAUAUGGAUGAGUGCUUUGCACAGACCAGCUCAGUUAUCCGUGAUUCGUGCACGUCAGUGGUGAUCUGUCUGGGAGGGCACCUAAUACUGAGUUGGUGCUCUCAGAAAAGGCUCUUUCAGGCUUGCUGGAGCUCCUUGAGGGUGGGCUUUGUUCAUGUGCUCCUCGUGCUUGCACCCCUUCAAUGAGACAGGUUGCAGAGCCAAGGGCUCUGCCCUUAUUUGCAGGGGAGGACGAAGGAAGCUGUUCCUGCUGUGUUUGCAGCAUGCCAAGGAGCAGCCCCUGCUGAGGCUGAGGGAAAUGCCACCUCAGUCUCACUGCGAGGCUGAACUCCGUCCUGGACAGACAGCACUGGGGCAUCCCUGUAAGCUUUACCUCAGUUCUGAAUAGCUAUCCAGUGGCAUGCUGUAAUUGUACACUGUUUGCAGGCACAAACCUACUGGCUUAGCCUAGCAAGCAUAACUUACGGAUAAUGCUGCCCAUUCAGCAGGUUGGGUGAGUGCAGGCAGUUUGUGACAGUGUUACAUUGCCUUCCUUAUGCAUUUGUCUUUUUCUUUUUUUUUCCUUUGGUUUAUUGGCUUCGGUCUUGAAUUUUAUUUUAUUUUUUUUUCAACUGUGAGAGCAGCACACACUGAAACAUGUAACUAGGGAGAGAAUAUCUUUUAACUUAAACUUUAGCCUAGUGAGGAAAGCAUUAAUAACCACGGACUUCCUUGGUAUAUUUUGGCUACCUACCCCUAGGAUCUGUGUUUGUUUCUUAUGUAGGUGUUGUUAGUGGUGCAACUGUGACAUUGGAGCUUUCACAUCACUGCUCUCAGCAGAGUGAAAUUCACCCUGGCAAACCUCUGCAAAGCCCUCUGUGCCCUGGCCAGGGGCAGGGGUUGCUCUGGUCGGUGCACAUUCCAUACACAGUAAGUAGUGGAUGCAGAAGGGCUGCAGUUACUCUUCCACCUUACACCACCCAACAUCAGCUCCAUUUGAUUUAACGCUUUAUCCUUAGCUAAAUCAUUCUGGCUUUGGAGAAGGGAGAUUGGAAGGGAGAAUUUGGUAUGGUGUGAACACUUCACUGUGCUACGGGACAGUAAAUGUUGCACUUACAGUAUGUUUCAAUACUGUGAUAUUCUGAGAAUUACUGUAAAACCACUUGUGGGAGCCGUUUGUUUUGCUUUGUUGCACAGGUUGUACUUACAUUUUUGCAUGGUUAUACAUUUUAGUAUUCGUGCCUUUUACUUCUCUGUUGUGAGAAUGCAUUGUAUUUUCACAUUUCGUCUGCUGUUUUGGGUACUUUUUAUAAAAGCUUUUUUUUUUUUUUUUUCAUUUGAUCUUCAUCUCAGAUUUUCAUGUAAUGUAAAUGUCUGUAUAUAUAAAAUAGCUCAGAUUUGUAUUCAUGUGCCUGAGAUGUAAAAAAUACUCAUUUUAUACAGGUUUUUUUAGAAGCACUAGGUCAUGUUCAGAAUUCCUUAGCAAAUGAAAUGUAAUUUAAUCAGCAGUUCUUUGUCUUGUUUUAGCAGUGUGCUGUCAGGUGGCCGGUCUCUUUAUGGCAGUAUCUCACACACUCCCUGGAUCUGUUCUGGUGUCACUAUGAGACCAAUUUUAUCUGCUUGUUAGUUUUGGUUAAUUGGAAAUAAAACACCCAGCUGUGUGUUAA